AUGCGCAGUCCGUUGGUGCAUCAUUGCUGCCACCCCUUUGUUCUACUUACUGCGUGCCCAUCGCACCCUUCCUUCCAUCGCCAACAACGCCGCGAAUCCGCACCAGUGGCGGGGGGUUCGAAAAAAGUGGAGAGUGUUGAAUGACACGCUGUUCCUAGAGAGAGAGAGUCUAGUAAUCAUCGUACACGGAGAUGUGUGUGUGUGCGUGUUUGUGUGUGUCUCUCCCUCUGUGAGUGAGUGCGGCGUCCAAGCGUUUGAUGCGUAGAUGUGGCAGAAUCAGAGGACGGGAAAGACACACGCGGUUUGAGCGGGGGAGGGGACUUCUGAGGUUGGGUGGUCCUCCACGCUAAGUUGGGCAGGUGUCCGUGCACUACAGUGGUGCUUGGGGUGGUAGAGAGCAAUUUUGGCAUGGGGUGGCGGGACCCUGGUGGAGAGGAAGAGGAAGUACAACAGCAGAUCAUCAGGGUUGGAUCCACUUUAUUUGCGGGGAGCAAGGUUGUGGUGAGGGUUUUGUGUGGGAAGUGAAAGGCGCGGGAGGGAAAGGGCUUGCUGAACAGCUGGCGCCGGGGCAGGUGACGCUGGUGCAGAAGCAAAUGUGUUAAUGGCGCACUAAAUACAGGAUUUGAGGAAGUUUUGGUGUCGUGUAGCAUCUCAAGACGGAACAGGGCAGGGGAGACACGAGCCAUGGUUCGGAUUUCGAGUUAAGCGGCGUAGGGAUGCUGACUAUGGUUGGAAUCGGCCGGGUUUGCAUACCUGCUUACACCUCGGAAGCGCGUGUACUGCGCAGCUGCGAGUUUAUUUAGUUUGUCUGCAGCGAGUGUGUGAGAUGUAGUCGCGGACGAUCUUCUGGCUGCGAGGGUUUGGCUACCGGGUGUGCGGUAGGAGUGAUUUCGCUGAACUUUCUCCUCAGUUUAGGACGAGGCUACUUGGGUGAGGAUCCGGCGGCGAUUAAUUUGUUGUGUAUGUGAAAUUCCACACAAGGAAGGUGGCGCUGAUAAUCUAGAGUGUAAACCUCGUUACUUGGGGGAACAUGGCCGGAAGAUGGAGAAAUAACAGUGUGUAUGCUAGCUUUUGCGAUUUUCUUUAGGGUGCUACCUGCGCAGGUAGCAUACGCAAAUUUUCUAGACGUGUACUUGAACAGAUUUAGAGCACGAAAGAACAGAAAAUGGUCCUUGCUAUUCCGUAGUCACUUUUGAGAAUUUGUUUCUGCUGGGACCUAAGGACUUGGUCGCUUCAGGUUUCAGGGUAUUAGAUACUUGCUUCUGCUGAAGUCUUCAAUGGAGCGGCAUGUGGGGCAGAUAAGCGUGGAGGGUCUCCCCUUCAUACAACAUCAAUUCUUUCCUGGAGGAGGAGGGAUUCCACAGUUGCAUCCAAAUGGUAGAGGUGUGUCUGCUGUUGACCGUAGUUCAGAGUUACCGUGGUCUACGGGGCAAACUGGGUCAAACUGGAAUUAUUGCGGCUUAUCAGAUAAUGCUGAGAGAGCAAUACACAGGGAUGACUGGAAUGCAAACUCGUGGCGUUUAGAUGGCUACACACUCAAUGCUCAGCGAGUUAGUAGAGCUCCAGAUGGGACAGGUUCUGAAUCAUCCAAAAAUCUUACAAGUGGUGAGAAUGAGCACCGAAGCAGAGGUGCUGAUUUGGGCCUACAGUUGGAUAUAAGAGCUGCCGGCACUCCUGAGGCCAAUCAUCCAGUAAUCCAUAUUGAUGAUGACGAGAGUGAGGUACAGGGUCAAUCGCUUUUCGGACGACAUACCCCGUCUCCCCCGUCAAAUGAACCGAAUCCUUACAAUAGGGGAAAUGAUUCUCCAGAAGACGACGGUCCUCUCAGUCUGAAGUUGGGGGGGAGUUCUUAUGCAUACGUGGAGAAUGGGGCUGGGAAGCGUCCCCGUUCUUCUUCACCCCCUUCUCAAAUUCCUACCUGUCAGGUGGAUGGUUGUACUGCAGAUCUUAGCAAAGCUAAAGAUUAUCACAGGCGCCACAAGGUUUGCGAGACGCACUCGAAAGCAUCAACAGCACAGGUUUCUCGGGUGACGCAGCGCUUCUGCCAGCAGUGUAGCAGAUUUCAUGCGCUGGACCAGUUUGAUGAAGGCAAACGAAGCUGUAGGAGGCGUUUGGCAGGUCACAACAAGCGACGGAGGAAAACACAACCUGAUGCACCGGCACCAAGAGUUGAGGAUCAAGCGGGUGUUAAUAAUACCGACAUCAUGACUCUUUUAGGUCUUCUUUCGCAAUUGAAAGGGCCUCUAGAUCAAGCAAGUGCCGCAACAAGCGAACGUGAUAUUCUUUUGCAGUGCCUGAGACAAGCGGGGAACUUGAACCUACCCAACUCUUCACUCGAGGGACUAUCAAGAGCUCCACCUUCGUGGAGUCAAUUAACUCGCAACUCUGAUCCCGCUCAACCUCCAAUUGAUCCUAGACUUCUCGCAGCCCAGCUUGCUGCACAUGCUCCUCCAGCGACACUGCCUCAACAGGAUGCUAUUACAAUGCUGUUGCAGAAUAAUCUGAAGCAAGCUGCGCGGAUUGCGCAGGAGAACAUGUAUAAUCGUGUGGGAUUUAAUGGGAACAUGAAUGGUGUUCCCUCCCCAUAUGCAGCAUUAAAUGCGGACGCAUCGGCCAGUUAUGGAGUUCCACAAGUCAACAAUGAGCGCACCUCUUCAGCAGCUGGGUUCUCACUACCUCUCUCUGUGAGAGUUCCUGGUAGUGUGCCUGGGAAUGUAGUCCCUGCGCAAUUGUUGGCAAGUGUUGCCCUCUCGUUGCAGCAAAGUUUGGCAGCCCAAACAGCUAGUCAGGAUAACCACCUGGCAGCUAAUGGGUAUGGCACAUCAUUACCAACAGCACAUAGAGGAAAUCCUGAUCAAUCUCCAGUCGAUACGAGGAACUUCCCACAUCAAAGAUUUGCCAGGCAUGAGGAUAAUGAUGCAACUGUUCAUUCCCAAGUAGGCAUGCAGCGACAGGCAUCGCAGAGUGGCGCCUCACACUUUCACAAGCGGCCAUUCUUGGAAUCGCAAAAGUCGCAGCCUCCCUUGCAGAGGCCGUCAAUAGACUUACAACAGCCUCUUCCAUCAGAGCAGUGCAGUGACACCUCAGAAACGGGUUCGGGUUCUGGCUCAGGGUCAGGGUCAGGGUCAGGUUCAGGUUCCGGGCACCAGUCGCCAGGCACUCCGAACAGGGAGUCCGAGCACAAUCGCAUUUCUUUUAAGCUCUUCAAUAAACAUCCUACUCAAUUCCCCGACGGACUUCGAAGUAAGAUAAAUGAAUGGUUAUCACACCGACCCACAGAUAUGGAGGGCUUCAUCAGGCCUGGUUGCAUCAUUCUAACAAUUUUUUUAUCCAUGCCCAAGUUUGCAUGGGCCGAGUUGAUCAGUGACCUGCCUGGAAGUUUACAGCGACUUCUUAGCACUGGUUGUGAGUUUUGGUGCACUGGGCGCAUGCUAGUGCAAGUUGAACAGCAAACAGUUUUAGUUGAAGACGGUGAAAUCGUAGCGUGCAAGACAUCCGAUCCCUUUGAAAGUCCUUACUUGUUGUCAGUACGGCCUCUUGCUGUCGUCCCUGGUCAACAGAAUCGUUUGAUUGUGAAGGGGUUUAAUCUUACAACAGCUGCGACUAGGUUAUUGUGCGCUUUCAGAGGACAGUAUUUCUCUGCGGAAGUUCAUCAUCAGCAUCAUUCAGAUGUUGAGUCGGUGGCUUCUGUUGAUGAAACUGAAGACACAGAUGAUACAUUGGACCGAUUGGUAGAAAAUGACACCGUUAGUGGAUAUGAAAAGAAUGCGUCGCUGGAUUUGGUAGAUGGUGAAUCCUCUAUAGAUGAUGUAUCUUACAGGCCAUCAUCUUCUAGUGCCGUUCCUGAAGCAUCUGAAGUUGCUAGAGUUUCAGUAAAUGACACAGACGCAUCCGAACAGGAGGAUUCAGCCGAAGGCGGAGAGGUUGCUGAUAACGACAUAAAUUUUGAUUAUUACUCACGUAGUAGUGUUAGUACAAGUUUGUUUAGCUCGCAGGCUAUUUGUGAUCUUGAUACCAGCGUAUUACCAUCCGCAAUGCCAGCUGGAGGUUUCGGUCGGUGUUUUAUUGAGGUGGAUCAAGACUCUUUGGUAGGGAACUGGAAACCAGUAAUUGUUGCAGAUAAACCAGUGGCUGCAGAGAUUUGUACACUUGAAGACGAGAUUGAAAUGGCUGCCGGAUUUGCCGAAAUACGUGCUAAGCAAUACGGGCUUGAUCCAUCUCUUGUUUUAUAUUGUACGGCAUUGGCCAGGCUUGCAGAGGAAGAAGAUGUCACCCAGUUUUUGAACGAGCUGGGGUGGUUCUUUCAAAGAAGUUAUUAUGGGAAUCUCAACUUUUCUUUACCAACAACUCAGGCGUCUUUCACUAAGCUCGAGCAGCUUUUGGUCUUUUCUGUGGAACGUAACUGGUGUGCAGUAGUACGCAAGCUGUUAGACAUUGCUUUUGAAACUGGUGACUGGGAAGCAACGUUUAUGGUUCUUUCUGAAAUGUCACAAGAAGGGAGUAGCUUACUUCACCGGGCUGUUCGGAAUAAAAAACGUCCAAUGGUAGAGCUAUUGCUUGGAUUUGCCCCUUCAUUCCUCGCUGGAAUAAAUGAUUCAGACGUGGAAAGCUUCAAACGGAAGCUUGAGUUUCGGUUGAAAUGGAGCUCGAUAUAUAAGCCUGAUAUGCGAGGACCUGGGGGUCUCACUCCCCUUCACAUUGCAGCUAGUAUACAUGGCGCAGAAGACAUUGUCGAUGCUUUGACCACCGGUCCUUCUCAGGAUGCUCUGCAUGCUUGGUUACACAAAAAGGAUGAUUCUGGAGCAACUCCUCUCGACCUUGCGAAAGCAGGAGGUAACAUGAAGUCUGUACAAGUUGUAAGAGCAAAGCUUGCAAAAAUAGAGAAUCCGGACAGCAUUGCCAUAGAUAUUGCGGCUGGUUGGGAUCAUCGCAGAGCUGAAUCAAUUGUUCAAGCGAUGGAGUUGUCUCAGAGACGAGCCAGUGAAGGCAUUGGAGCUACCAGGUCCGAUGAGACACCUGUUUGUAGAGAGGUGGACUUUGCUAGACUACCUCGGGAUGUAUGUGGCGUUAAGGGUGCCAUGUACAGGCCGUUCUUGGUUAGCAUCAUGGGGAUCGCAUGUAUAUGUGUAUGUGUUUGCCUGCUUUUGAGGGGACCUCAGAAUGUGCUACCUCUCUUCACUUGGUCGGGGUUGGAGCAAGGGAAAGAAUAAACCGUACAGGGGUCUUAGUGUAGCCUUCACUCAGGCGAUGCAUUUCGAAAAGGAGUGAUGAUUCGCUGCAAGUCGCCUCGUCUUUUUCCAAGCCGCAUACUUCUGAAUGAUUCGAUAGCCUCCUUCCUCGGCAGACAGUUUUGCAGUUCGUGAGAUAGUCAUUCCAUUUUGGCAUCUUUGAAGACUGUGAACUGGAUGGCUCUGUAAGACUAACAAUGAAUUGCUUCCGUCUACUCUGCGAGCUCUGGUGGACGAACCUGUGACAUGGUCCUUUUGAAGCACACUGUGGGUACGACUUGAGCUGUCGGGAACCAUCACCUCACGAGCAGUAAGCCAUGUUUCUGAUCAACAUGCUGCCGAAGUUCCAGUGGGCGCUCUGUUACAAGCGGCAUUCCUUGACGAUUUUAUGCUGAAAUAGUGUGUUGGCAGAGUUCUUUACUUGCAUUGUGAUGUAAACUCAUGCACAAGAUGGUAUUCUGUAGUCAGCGCCGUUUAUUGACCCCUCUACUGUAAUAGUUAAGAUUUUAGACAUGCCCUCGAACCAGAGGGAGGAACUUCAUGAAGGGUGCUGAUUAUUUUGUAAAGAUAGCAACAUUAUUCAUAGUACAAUUUCUUGCAAGCGAAUCCGAAUGAAAACAAACAUGUUUUUCAUUAACAUGUGAAUUUCAUCAAAAAAAUUCGGUACGCAAGCAUAAUCUGGGGGAAAUGGGAUUUCCGGACUUUCUUCACAA